AUGGCCUCGCAAUCUCUUCCCUCGACCCCUCGACCAGGAUCGACUCCUAUUCCUACGCCGGACGAAUCUCGCACUCCAGGCAAAUGGCGCCAUCCACAUCUCAAUGAAAUUGUGCGGCGUCAAAACGCGGCUACUUUUGGCGAUCAUAAUGUGAGAAGGCUUAUUUGGAAUGGAGCAGCUUUGCUUGCAACCUGGGUUUUUGGGGGCCCUUUCAAGUCAUAUGCAUCUGGUCUACGCAUUUUCAGCGACAGUCCCACUUACCCAGAACUCUCGUUGCUGGGCUUGCAGCUCUUCUUCGUUCUGAACAUCUUUGUUGCAUUAUACCCCCUCUUCCGACCGAAGGAUGACCUCGUCGAUAUUCCUCUUACCCCCACACAACGCUCACUCCUGGGACUGAAUCCUUCCGCUUCGCAUCAUGCGUCACCGGGAACUACUUACGUUACCCCACCGAGAUACCGCGUUUCUGCAUCGCGCACGGCGAGCCCAGCUGGCAGAAGUGCGUCACCAUUGUCGGCGGGUGCGAGCUUUUCGGCUUCGGCACAAGGAACUUCGUCGGGGCCGACAUUUUCGCCUUCAACGAGCCCGUUACUCUACAAGGCAGUGUCGAAUGGUGGCAGGGAGAGCACACGGAGGCCAAGCUUCAGUUCCUCACUCGGGCUUGGAUCAUCGGGAUUUGGCGCCUCCGGAUUGAAUACCUCUGGGUUCAGUGCUUCAGGGCUUGGUGCCUCCGGGUUUGGUGCCUCCGGUUUUGAUUCCUCGUUCGGCUCAUCGUCUCCUUUCGGUCGGAGCUCUCUGAGAGAGUCGACUUUUGGACCUCCCGCAACCCCAUCACCGAUUGGGGGCAAGCGCGUGAAUGUCGGCUUGAGCAACAAAUGGUUGUAUGAGAGGAGUAGGCGGCUGUCGACCAGCAACGGGGCGCUGUGA